AUGGGAUUCCCGGAAAACAUCGGUCGGAACCCGACCGUCGAGAGCGACACGAUCGUGGGCGUGAUCGACAGCGGAAUUUGGCCGGAAUCCGAGAGCUUCAACGACAACGGCUUUGGCCCUCCUCCCUACAAAUGGAAAGGAGCUUGCAAUGGCGGAAUCAACUUCACGUGCAACAACAAAUUAAUUGGCGCUCGCUACUACACGGAUAACUCGGCGAGGGACCUGAUCGGGCACGGGUCCCACACGGCAUCGACCGCGGCAGGCAACCGCGUCCCGGGGACCAGCUUCUACGGCAUCGCGGCCGGGACCGCGAGGGGGGGCGUCCCGUCUGCCCGCGUGGCGGCCUACAAGGCGUGCAGCCAGGACGAGUGCGAGACGGCUGCCUUGCUGGCGGCGUUUGACGACGCGAUUGCCGAUGGGGUGGACCUAAUCUCCAUCUCCAUCGGGGGUGCCCCGAUGGAUCUCGAGGACGAUGCAGGGAUAUCACUUGGGGCCCUCCAUGCCUUCGAGAGGGGCAUUUUGGUCGUUCAGUCGGCAGGGAACAAAGGGACCAAAGGGACUGUUGCGAGCGUGAUGCCGUGGAUUUUCACGGCAGCAGCAGCCACCACCGACAGGGGGAUCGUCACGAGAGUCGCUCUCGGAGAUGGGAACACAUUUACGGGGAAGGCGGUGAGCUCGACUCCCAUGGGGAGUACGACGGGCGUGCCGGUGGAGUUUGGGAAAAAUGUUUCGGGAGCAUGUGACGAGUAUGCCCUCUGGAGAUGUGACUCGCAAUGUAUGCAACCGAGUGUAGUGAAGGGAAAGGUUGUGCUGUGCAACGACUAUUAUGGCGUGAGAAGAGCAUUUACGGCCGGAGCUCUUGGUGUGGUUGGCACACUCGAAUCUUUUCCGAUAAAGUUACCUUUCCCCAUGGAUUUUUCCCAGGUCAGCCCACUCGCCUCGUCCCACCUCAACAACCAUGACUUCCAGCAUGUCCAGACCUACUUCGAGUCCACAAAAUCUCCAACAUUGGACAUAUUGAAGAGUGACUCUAUCCGGAACGUCGAUGCCCCUAAGGUGGCUGGAUUCUCUUCGAGAGGUCCGAAUGUUAUCCUGCCCGAUGUUUUGAAGCCAGACAUCACAGCACCUGGUGUAGAAAUACUGGCAGCAUUUUCACCUUUGGCCUCGCCUUCCGAAUACCCUUCAGAUAGACGAUCCGUAAAAUACAGUAUAAUGUCAGGAACGUCAAUGGCAUGCCCGCACGUGACCGGUGCAGCUGCUUACGUGAAAUCAUUUCAUCCUGAUUGGUCGCCUUCUGCAAUCAAAUCGGCUCUUAUGACAACAGCAAGGACGAUGGACGCCUCGAAAGAUCGACUAGCCGAGUUUUCCUACGGAGCGGGUUACAUUGACCCGGUCAAAGCGGUCGACCCGGGCCUGGUGUACGAGACGUUCACGGAGGAUUACAUCAGCAUGUUUUGUGGCUUAGGGUACGACUCCACGAAAGUGAGGAGAAUAUUUGGCGGGAAUGCGUCCUGUCCGCAGGGGCCUCUUCUUAAACCAAAAGACCUCAACUACCCUUCCCUGACCAGCCAGAUCAAGACCCGGCGCGGGGACAAGGCCCCGACGUUUGUUAUAAAAUUCCGAAGGACCGUCACUCAUGUGGGGCACGGAAGAGCCAGAUACACCGUGACAACGAGUGCGGGCCCAACACAUAACAUCACGGUGCAGCCGAGCAUCCUGAGGUUCCGCAAGCCGGGGCAGAAGAGAUCGUUUAACGUGAUAAUCAGUGGGGUGAUUGACAAAGGGAUUAUGCUGUCGGCCUCGUUGGUAUGGUCCGACGGAGUGCGUAAGGUCCGGAGUCCGAUCGUCGUGUACCGGAAUCAUCUUUGA